AUGACUUCUUACCAGGUGUUUACAUAUGAUAGAGACACAGAGUUCACCAAAGUCAACUGUGCAAACAAGGCAGCGCCUCAGGAUUUAGACCCAAGCAAACUCCAAAUCCGACUUGAAGGACAUUUCUUGUCGGCGUUCCGAUAUCAUCUCGCUUUUGUGAAAUCCGGUAACACCAAGGAUGCCGGUUCUACCGGUUUACACGAGGCCACACAGAUGGAAAAGCCCUUCGAAUGGAUGAAGCUGAAGCGCAACCAAGCGAGCACUGGGAAAGCCCGUGUAACCGGCGCACAGAAUUUCCUCCAGUAUGUGAAAGUGGACGGUGGACACAAUGAAAGCGAGGACAGUCCACACACACUGUCCCGGAGCAGCUUUAGCACCAAACAGCUCACCGAGCUGGAGAAGGAGUUCCACUACAACAGGUACCUGACGCUCGCGCGUCGGGUGGAGAUCGCGAGCGCGCUGCAGCUCCGUGAGGCUCAGGUCAAAGUGUGGUUCCAGAACACACGCAUGAAACUGAAGAAAACGCAGCGUCUCAUGCACACACAUCCAGAACCGGGAAGCUGUUUGGAAUUAUACUCAAACACAACGGACACGUGUGCGCUUCCAGAGGAGAGUUAGUGUUCCAUUCAUUUCUGUUAGCAAUAUGCAGGAGCCUUACGCGUUGGCCCCCUCCUGCGCGCGCUAUACGCGCCGACAUUAUAAAAGGACAAAUGACAGAUAAAGGAUCCCCAAGUC